AUGGACGCGUUAGUAAUGGCUUCUCAUGGAAUGUUAAUGAGAGUAGAAAAGUGCGAUGAUGGGAAGCUCCUUUGCGCGAAAAUUCAAGCAAAUAAAAUCACAAAAAAACAAUAUCCAGGAGAUAUUAAUAAAGAAAUAAGAGCACUGGAGUUGAUGAAGACGAAAAAAGUCGACAACAAAUUCUUACCCAAACUAUGGGGAAAAGGAAAGACACCUGAUCUGACGUUCUACAUCACCGACCAUGUCGGGCAAACUUUGCAGCGUCAAUUACGUAGGUAUAAAAUUAGGCCGAACGACACAGAACAGAUAGGCUAUCCACUCGACAGGUACACCCCGAGAGCUGUGCAUAAAGGCGAACGUGCGAAACCAAAGCACGAUCUUGAAAUGUUUAUCUACUUGGUAUGUUCUGGAGCCUCGUUUAAUAUCGCUUUAAUAAGAUAUUGA